GCCCAUGUUUCGCGUUCGGAAGCGCAUAUUGAACCCAUCCCAUGUCCAGUCCACUUCCACGAUGGCAGCGAAUAUCUGUCAGCUCCUCGAUCUAGAGUCUGAGUCGGAAGACGAGGAAAGAUCUAUUUUAAUGUAUCUAUUUAAUCGAAGAAGAACAAAAAGCGAGAAAAAUGCGUAUCUGCGAAAAGACAAAGUCAUAGAGAGUUCAACUUAUCUAGAGAAGUUCCAGACAGCAUAUUCAAAGAGACAUUUAGAGUGAACAGAACACAGUUCAACGAAAUCCAUGAAUUGAUAAAGAACGAUAUUACGGGUAAAGAGUGCAAUGCACAAAAACCUAUUGGAAGUGAAGAAAAAGUAGCCGUAUGUCUAAGGUAUUUGGCCACUGGUGACAUGUAUAAAACUAUAGGACUGAGCUAUAGAAUGGGACAGAGAACCGUAUCGAACAUUGUUUGUCAAGUCUGUGAAGCGAUAUGGCGACGUUUACAGCCCAUUUAUAUGCCCGAACCAACGGUGGAAAUUUGGAAGAACAUUGCAUUAGAGUAUGAAAGAAAAUGGCAGUUUUAUAACUGUUUAGGAGCUGUCGAUGGGAAGCAUGUCGCCAUUCGAAAACCACUUCUGAGUGGCUCUUCUUUCUUCAACUACAAACAAUAUUUUUCUGUUGUUUUAAUGGCGACUGUCGAUGCAAAUUAUCGUUUUACUUCUGUGAAUGUAGGUUCUAUGGGUCGGUUUAGUGACGGAAAUAUUUUUGCCAAUUCUCCUUUAGGAAAAAUGUUAUACAACGGUUCACUGGAUUUGCCAGAACCAAAGCCUUUACCUGGACAAAAUACACCAACUCCAUAUGUAUUUGUUGGAGACGAAGCGUUCCCGCUAAUGAGAAAUUUAAUGCGUCCAUAUCCUAAAGCGAGAGUUGCUGGUAGUUAUCAAAACAAGGUUUUUAAUUAUAGUCUAUCUCGGGCUAGACAAACAGUAGAAAGUGUCUUCGGUAUAUUAGCAGCUAGAUUCCGGGUGUACAAGAGCCCAUUUGAAUGUAAAUUGGAUACCAUCGAUAAAAUAGUGCUAGCCACAAUUGGGCUUCAUAAUUAUUUGAGAACUAAGAUUCUCUCGAUUGCCACUGGCCAGGAAGAAAAUGAUGAAGUGUUGACUAAUUCUCAUGAAAAUCAUUUCAUUCCUUUAGCACUAAACCGAACUCGCAAUUCUACUGAAGCAUUUAAUAUUAGGCAGAAGUUUACUGAGUGUUUCAAUUCUGCAGUUGGAUCUGUUGAAUGGCAACGAAGAGCGAUAGAAAGAGGACAAUUUUAGGAUAUAUACAUACUAAAAUGAAAAGUAUUAUUAAUUAUUAUUAUUAAAAAAAAUAAAUAUGUACUUACGAUGAGUACUCGAGGAAGUGCAUACUCACGUGUUCGUUCUUAUAACCCAAAAUAUACAUAUUUCAAAAUUACUCACCACUUGUAUAAUUUAAAUCUCUGGCUAUCUUCUCCCACAACUCAUUUUUUAAUUUUGUUCUCAUAUAAUCCUCAUGUGAAGUGUCAUACAACACAGGAUUCUCCCGAACCAGUUCGAUCAAUUUCUCCAUUUUGAAUUGAAAAACGUAAACAAAGUGACCCACGAUUCCACGAAACUGUGUUGCUCGCACAAAUCAAACCACGU